GGUGGCAGCAGCAGCAAUUUUGGUGACUGUAGUGGUGGUGACACCAGUGCUCUGUUGACUGUGUGGUGGUAAUACACUUCCCUAGUAACUAUAGAGGUGGUGGUGGUGAUGACAGUAAUGUAUUGAUUGCAGUGGUGAUGUGUUGAAGUUACCUGAAGAUAGUUUCAGGGGUCUCCACCCUUUUGGCCCAGUCCCAGACUUGGCCUCCUAGUUGAUGGCCAGUUCAGCCAAACUGUUGGUGCUAGCUUGAUCAGUUCUGAUCAGCCUGGCUGAUCAGGACUUAACUUGAGGAACUUAGUUCCUUCUGGAAGACAGCCAGUGAUCUGUUUGUAGUUUCCCUGUGUAUGAAAGGGGGGUGUUCAAGAAUCUUGGUCCUUUUUACACUUAUUGAGUUAUCUCUUAGUGUGGCCAGCCCUGUGGUUGCUAUCUUGAACACUGUGCUUGAUUGUCCACUUAUUGAGGAAUAUAGAUACAGUAUAAUAAUCUAUGUGACAUGGCAAGGUAUAUUUUUAAUGGAAAUAUGUACCAGAUAUAUUAAGCAAAUUUCCUUAAUUUGCUAGUAACAGAUUAGUGAACUGUAGAUAUAAAUCCAAAUGUACUCUUGUUAACCCUUCUGGGGCCUAGUUCCUAGGCCUACUGUGUAUUCAUAUGUUCUUGCACUACCAUCCACAGGAUGGAUAUAGGGUGCACAAUAAACUAGCCAUUUCAGUGGCAAAAUCUAAUCUAAAUCUUAGUGCAUUCGUUGUAUUUCUGCUUUUUAUCAGUGAUAUUUUGCACUGUCUUCUGAGCCUCUUGUUUUUGUAGGAAGUAAUUUCUGUGUAGAUUUGGGACAACGUCCUCCAGAUUUUUGCAUGUGUAAAUUAUUGUAUGAUCUAUUUUUCUCGCCUAUAUUCCCGGGAGCACUGCUUAAGGGACUUAGGCAUUUCCCAAUAAUUCAAGUAAUUCACUGAAUUUAUACAUACAUUGAAGUCUCGGUUGAAUUCUAUAAAUCUGCAAUUUCACCAGACUUAAAGGGACUGUUAGUGUUCAGUAAUAUUCCAGCCUAGAGAGGUGGUGACAGUAGUAUUUGGUUGAAAGUACACUUUGAUGGUGAUAAUAGUGCCUGGUUGGUCAUGGUGGUAAUGAUGGUGCCAUGGUGGUAGUGUAGAGGUGGUGAUAACAAGUGUCUGGUUGACAUUGGCAGCAAAAUAGUGUGGAAAUUGUGAUAAUGAUAGUAUAGUGGUGAAACUCGUGUGUUGGUGAUAGUGUUUCUGGCAGUGAUACUGGAACUAUUGGUAGUAGUGGUGUAGUGUACAGAAUACUAGCUCUCACUGAUGAUGGAUUACACCCAGUCAUACACUCGCUCUUGGAUCAUCAAGAGGACUCCACACUAACAUACUGCAGUCUUAUAAAUUACACAUGUACAAUGCAGUUGCAGGAAGACUUGAGAGAGAUCAGUGGCUUGACGCAUGCAGAUCAGUCACCAGGAGCUACUGGCUGUUCCUCACCAAUACCUCUCUGUGAAGAUCCUGAGGAUGAAGUAGAGCCUGGGGAACUAGUGUGUUCCUUCCCUCUGAAAAACUGGUGUACAUGUUACCUCUGUUGCGAUGAUGGGCAUGGCAGCACAUAUUUUCCUAUAUCCAGCAGAUAUGGCUGCAAUUGUUUUAGAUGUCUCCAUGGCUGUGUGAACAAGAGUCACAAAAGCAGCAAACAUUCCAAUAAUAUUAAUGAUGAUUUGCCAAACAAUAAAAUACUCGUAGGUGAAACCAGUGAUGACCUCCAUUUAAAUAUUUCAGAAAAUUGUUUGUCCAGACAAAAAAUUACAGAAAACAAAAUUGCUAGUGAAAGUUUACAUAGCACUUCUCAUAAAUUAGUAAGCAGCGAAAAAAACUUCGGAACAGUAAACAACUUUUACACUAUAAAAGCACAUGUGCACAAUUACAAACAAAUAAUUGCUCAAAAAUCAUCAAAUACUGACAUCAUAUUAAUGGUCAAGAGGAAUAGCAGGGGACAUUCAGUUAAUUUUCCUCUCUUAAGGUUACCUGCUGCUGAACGUGGCUAUGUCAGCGUGCAUCCCAAGCAGACUUCAAGUUUUGAAGAUACGUGGAAGCAACAUCUGGGCUCUUGGGAUGCUCUGGUGCUUCCACUUGGUAGAAGUAUUGAAGCCCAACAGUGUUUACCUCCAGAUGACAAACUAUUGGCUCUUCCAUUACUAAAACUUCCACACGAGGUGCAGCAACCUAGAAAUCAUACAGAUGGACACACACCAGUAUUCGUUAAAGAUAAGGAGAAUUAUUCACCCCAUACAGUAUUGAAAAAACAUUUUGAUAAAAAAUUGCAAAAAAAGGAUAACAUUUUGUUCUUCACAGAAGAGGGCCAGACAUUUUCACCUGCAUUUGGGAACAAAUGUACAAAUGUUAACUCUAAACUGCUUCCACAUGACUGUUGUCCGGCUUCAGAUAAAAGAAGUCUGAGAGCGGAGGUAUCAUCAGAGCCAAGAAUGGACGGGAUUGAAGUGGUUAAAAAGAUUGGCCAUGGGAGCUAUGGCUCUAUCUGGUUGGUUAGGAGAUCCAGUAACAAGAAAAAUUUAGUUCUCAAAUGUGUUGAGCUGGUGCAUUGCAACCAACAGGAGGUUGAAGCUGCCAGGCAAGAAGUUCUCCUUCUGUCAGUCCUUAAACACCCCAAUAUUGUUUCUUACAAGGGAUCAUUUGAACUGGAUUGUCGGCUUCACCUUUUGAUGGCAUACUGUGAGGGAGGAGAUCUCUCUACUCGUAUCAAAUUGCAACAUGGAUCACUAUUUCCUGAACAGAAAAUUAUUCGUUGGUUCAUCCAGAUAACUAUGGCACUGCAGUACCUGCAUGUGCACAACGUUCUCCACAGGGAUCUCAAAUCACAGAAUAUUUUCCUUACCCGAUCAGGACUUAUUAAACUGGGUGACUUUGGCAUUGCACGAAUUCUGAAUUCUUCUGUUGAUAUGGCAACAACAAUGAUUGGAACUCCUUCCUACAUGAGUCCAGAAUUAUUUGCUGGUCUUCCUUACAACUACAAAUCGGAUAUAUGGGCUUUAGGAUGUUUACUUUAUGAAUUGGCAACUCUAAAACACCCUUUUCCUGUCCGUGAUAUGUCGUCUCUGAUCUACAGAAUAUACAGUGGCAAGGUUGAAAGAAUAUCUAGCCACUACAGCAAAGAUUUGCAGUAUUUGGUGAGGUCUUUAAUGACUUGCAAUGUAGAGCACAGACCCAACACUUCGUGGAUCCUUCACCAACCCUUCAUCCGCCGUCACAUCUUGGUCUUCCUCAAUGAUACAACUAAUCUUGCAAGUGCCUGUGGCAAGAAUGAAAAGCAGAAUGCUGUUGCAGGAGACAAGAAGAGGGUAGAUAAAUUUGAAGGAGUGAAAUGUGUAACCAAGCAGGAUAGCAGAAAAAAUUAUAGCCAUUAUCCUGACAGGAAAGUUUUUGAUAUCAAACGUGAGACUCUACAUGAUAAUGGAAAGCAAAGUAAACCAGUUAUGUACCAUUAUAAUUUACAUUCAAAGAGAUGCUCUGGGUUUCUUCAGACAGAGUUAAACUCAUUGUGUAUAUCUGAAGAUAAGAUGAAGUUAGAUGCAUUAAGGGAGGAAACUAAGCAAGCUGAGACUAAAGAAUCUGUGUGUGAACAACACGAAAAAUGUGAGUUGCCAGCUGCUGGCAACAUCGACUCGCGGUCUCGAAGACGAUGGCGCAGUGUUAAAAAGUUAGUAAUUGAAGGCAGCAAAGAUUGGGAAAAGAGCAGUUCCUAUGCUAAUCCAGGAUCUUGGGGUACUGAGAAAGAUGGAGUGGACGAUGCAAAGUUAAUCUCACGUUCAUUUUCAGCUCGUGAACGAAGAAGGCAAAAAAGACUCAAAGAAAUUGAAAUGGAAAGAGAUGAAACUCUGCUGGAACAUGCAAAGUUUACCAAUUCUCAGGAAAACCAGUCAUUCCCAUCUCUUUAUAAUAAUGACGAAAAUUUUUCUUCAGAUGAUUUUGAUUUACAUUCUUCUUCUAGUGCAAUGUUUACCCUAAAAACUGAGGAAGACAAUGAGUUUCUUCACAUGCUGAGCACAACUUUAACUGAAGACUCAUCACUGACAUGUGAUGAAGUAGUUGCUGAAACUGUAAGCAAAGAGAACAGUGGUGAGGUGGAGGCAAGAGUCUCUCAACUUGAAGCAUCUCUUUUUGAUAUAGUGGGAGAGGAUGCAGCAGUGUGUGUAAUAGACCUCCUGAAACUAGAAAGGUGGGAGGUGUGGGACAAGCAGCAGCAGGCAAUUCAGGAACUGCUAGGUGAUGAACUCUUCAAUUCUGUAGCUUCUACUGUCUGCAACCUCAAACUUUGCUAUUCCUUUAGACACGACUUAAAAAACAAUUAACCAAAUGAGAGUUAAAUGCAAAAAUGUUGAGAUAUUGAAAUUUCUGGCCAAGAAUUCAGGCUCAGGACAGUAGAAUGCUGGAAUAAUUUAGUGACAAGUUAAUAGAUACCAAAGACUAAUUCAUAAGUGUUAUUUGUUAACUCAUUUAUUACAGGUAGUGUGACCCUAAAAAAGGAGAAAUACUUUCACUAUCAUUCAGUCACUGUCUUGCCAGAAGCUUGCUGACACUACAGUUCAGAUGGCCCUCUGAACUGCACCAUCCUUACCCAUCCCUCAUAAUACUGGCAUUGUACUUUUAAUUGUUAUUGUGUAAAUAUAAAUUAUGACUGAAUGGAAUGCCAUGGAGUAAUUUCAUUAUAAAGUAAGCAGAUGGUCUGGAGUUGCUGCCAUAUUGCUGUUAAAUUUUUGGACUUUAUCUUUUGCAUUCAUGACACUGCUAGUUUUGUCAUAAAUUUCAGGCAUGAAUAAAACUACAGGUAACAUACAUGAGAUGUGUGGCACCACCUGUGUGUAUUAUAUAGGAAUGUGGUAAAAUAUAAAUUCAUGGUCUGUGAAUGUGAUCCCAAAGCCAAAAAGAAACGUGAAGUACAAAUUAAUAAAAUAUAUCCAUUAUCCUUUAAAAGUGUGUUAAAUGUCAAACUUAAAAGUUUUUAUUUUUUCAGUAGCUUGUCCACCUGAAGUGGCAUCUCAUCCAUCAGGACAAAUUUAACCAAAACAAGUGAAACUUUGUAAAAUUGUCUCCUAUGCAAGUUCUCUAACAGAAAAUUUGCUGCCAUGUUUUAAAAUGCAGUAGCUUUUAACUCAGUUUAGGGACAAAAGAUAUAAUAUAUAGGAUUAAGCCCAUAUUUUAAUUGCCUUCCAUACUUAUUACAAAAAAUUUCAUAUUUUUCUUGUAAACAAAUAAACGUUUAUAUUAU